AGAGGCAUGCAGGCGGUGCAUUGGCUCCUAGUGCUUUGCGUGGCGGCGGCGGAGUCAGCUCGCAUCCUCACCGUGCUGCCGACCAACACCAAGAGCCACUAUGCGAUGUACGGCCGCCUCAUCGAUGCUCUCGCGAAGCGGGACCACCACUUGACCGUCAUCUCGCAUUUUACUAUGAAAAAUCCACCAUCAAAUGUUGAAGAGAUCAGUUUGGCAGGAACAAUUCCGGAGUUAACGAACAAUCUCACUAAGCAGCAAUACUCUUUCAAACCUGACUCCAUCAGGAACCUGGAGCAGAUUAUGCUGGAGUGCGUGCAUUCCUGUGAAAUCGUGUCUCAAAACCCAGCCGUCAGAGCGCUAGUCAAUUCGUCGAAGACCUUCGAUUUAGUUAUAGUGGAAGUUUUUGGAAGCGAAUGUUUUCUCCCGUUCGGCAAAAGGUUCAAAGCUCCGGUUGUUGGAUUACUAUCAAGUGUACUCUUGCCUUGGGUGAACGAGCAGUUGGGGAAUCCUGAAGGAACUGCCUAUAUACCAGCAUACAUGAUGGGGUAUGGACAGCGGAUGAACGUAUGGGAACGUUUAAUUAAUACUGCAGCAGUUGUUUGGGCCAAAAUGAUGUACAGGAAUAAAUCGCAGAUUCCUUCGCAGGUGAUAGCAGAUAGAUUAUUUGGACCUGGCCCUAAGUUAGAAGCCUUAGCUCAGAACUACAGCUUGGUUCUAUCUAACAGCCAUUUCAGUAUUAACGAAGUACGACCCCUAGUUCCGGCUCUAGUGGAAGUUGGGGGUCUGCACCUGGACAAUACACAGACCAUGUCUAAGGAGCUGAAACGACUUUUGGGCAACGCUCACGAAGGAAUAAUCUACUGGAGCUUCGGAUCAAUGUCUCGUAUUGAAACUAUACCAAGCGAGAAAUUGGCACAGAUUUUCACUGCCAUCUCUGAACUGUCACAGACGGUGCUUGUUAGGCUGAAUCGGAAAAUGCUCGCAAAAGUAACCAAUGUUACAGUGCCCGACAAUGUUUACACCAUGGACUGGAUCCCGCAAUAUAAGACUUUGUGUCAUCCAAACGUUAAAUUGUUCAUAUCGCACGGUGGUUUGCUGGGCACGCAAGAAGCGGUGGCGUGUGGUGUUCCAACUCUGAUGGUACCACUGUACGCGGAUCAAGCUCUGAACGGGCGAGCCAUGAGCGAUCGCGGUGUCGCGAGAGUCAUCUCUUUGAGAGAUUCCACUACAGACGAUUGGCGAGAAGCUUUCCACGAUUUACUCGCAAAUAAUAGGUAUAAAGAGAACGCAUUGCGGUUGAAGGAUAUUUUCCUGGAUAGACUAUCACCCCCUUUGGAGACAGGGGUGUAUUGGAUAGAGUAUGUUCUGAGACAUAAAGGAGCCUCGCAUUUAAGAUCGCCGGCUCUCGAUCUGUCCUACGCACAAUACUUGUUAAUAGAUGUGAUAGCUCUAAGCAUCGCUGCGACGUCUCUGACAAUAUUCAUUCUCCACAUAUUAUUCAGAUACCUAUGCACGCGUUGCAUUCGGUGGUGGCCCAAAGAAGUUAUUUUAGAAAAGAGACUUUUUAGAAGAAAUAUUAGUCCAUUUCAUUGUUUCCUAUGGAUUUACAAAGUGAAAAUGAAUUGAUUGAAUCGCUAGAGAUAAAUUACAGGCGCGUUUUCUUUGUUAACUUGUUGUAAUAGUGUACAGGUGUAGGACAAUUACUGAGUCUGAUUAGUAUGCUAUAUGACAUAGAUCCAAAUUGAUAUUAUAAAUGCAAAACAGUUGUGUAGCGAAGAUUAGGGUCGGGCCGCCUAUAUCAAGGGUGGCAGAUUUUAGGGUCGAUGUUAAUAUACGUGACGCCUUUACGAUUAACAGUUCGUAAUACGUACUGUACAAACUUUUAUUUUGUAGGCGCUCGCAUUGGUAUUUAUAGUACACAAAAAAAAAUAAAAAAAAAUAUUCUACAGCGCACUUUGUUUACUUUUGCUUAAAAAAGUUCGGUGAACGAUUUUUUUUUGUUAAAUAUACAUCCAAAAAUCUAUUGUUUACAAUUUUGCACUUUUGAUUUUAAAGGAAUAAUCAAAAAUGAAAAACGGUUAUUUAUGUUUUUUGUACUGCUGUUUGUAAUAAAAUUUUAAAAUGAAUGACAGACGUCAGGAAUGCAUUAUGUCAGCGGCCUGUAGGUAUAAAUAAUGUAACUAAAUAAAUAUUUAAAAAAAAACUGCAUUUAGUAUGAUCUAUGACGUAUACCCAUACUGGUAAUAUGGAACAGUAUUGUUUUACACCCUGCAUUUAAUGUAAAUAAUUACAAAUAAGGUAUUUAUUGUUUUUCCCUGUGACAUACCAGAUAAUAUUAAAUUUGACUCAAGCGAAGGCCAAGCUUAAGGCGAUGACAAACCAAGGUUUUCAACUUGCGUCGCGUUGUCGUGCUUAGUUACGAUCAAUGACAAGUCGGUUUGAGCAAGUGUUUUGGGUUUGCGAGCAAAUAGGCCUCGAAUUUCAACCAACGCGGACACCAAUUUGCUUUUAAGCAACUCAGAGGCUAGUUGGCGCUUGAAUAGAGCGACUGGCAGGGCUGAGCGUGCGACGUUCGUUUCAAACAUACCGAGCUGUUACCACCGACUUAGCGUAACCAAAAAUUCUACAGAGGGUUUACUUAAAUUUUUUUUACAGUUAAAUAUCUUGUUUAAAGAUAGUAUCAUAAUGAAAUUUCAAUUUAAUAAUUUAUCAAUAAAUAUCAAUUUAACAGCAGAUUAAAAAAAAAAAAUUUAAAACGUAGAGUUGUUUUUCGUUACGCUUAGUCAGUGGUAAUCGGUGUCCAGAGUUGCUGCGCGGGGCGUGUAAUGCUCAACCCCUUCCAUACAGAGCGCAAAACAUCGCGCCACCGUAAGCGCAGGUUGAACUUUUAUUAAGCCUACUUUAAAGCGUCGACCAACGUACAGUUUUAAGAUCUAUCACAUCAACAUCGUCAACAAGAAGCGCGGGUUUGUGCUAAAGAAAGACCAACGUUUGUUAUAAAUUCGACCUCCUUUCAGAGUUCGAUCCCCGGCACCCAGCUCUAACUUUUUGGGAGUUAUGUGCGUUUCUUCAUUCAUACAAUUAAAAUACCAAUUGUUCUAAUGGUAAAGGAAAAUAUCAAGAGGAAACCUGCAUGCCUGAGAGUUCUCAAAACGUUCUCUAAGGCGUGUGUAGUCUACCAAACAGCAUUUCACUACAGCGUAAAUCCUUCUUUCUUUUGAGAGGAGAACCUCGCUUUGCAGUGGGCAGGUAAUGGGGGAUGAUAUUAAGAUGAAGUCCUAAGAAAAGAGACAAGCAAUGUAAAAAGACUGCCGUUCUUUGCGUGAGAGACCGACAAAGACAUGACGUCCUGUCAAGCAAUUUAACGUUUUGUUUCGAUGACGCGUAGCAACCUAUAAUAAGGAGUAUGUGUUUAAUACAACUGAAGCUGUCGAAUAUGGUGGCGGGCUAACCUGUUAAUGGUAUGGCCUUAAAAGGUUAGACCGCUACAAUUUUAGGCAGCAUCAUCACUUACCGACUAGGUGAUUGCAGUCGGGCUAACUUCUAAGAGAAAAAAAUAUGUUGUCUCUCUUCGUUCACAUUUUUGUUUUUCCACCUACACUUGGGGGGAAAUAACAAAAUAAAUUUAUUGAUUUCAAAAUGCAUAUAAAAUUUCGGGACCGACAGGAUUUGAACCGGCGACUCUCUGGCUAUCGCGGUCUGCAGGGCUAGCACGGGCGGGAGAUAAACAUUAUAUCCCCCGAUUAUAUCCCCUGACAAGGAAUAUAAUUAACGUGCCCACCUGCUAAAUCACUGGAACAUGGAAUCGGAGAAGUUUACCUCCGUUUAUUAAUACGCAUUUGUUAUAUGGAUAUUAUUUCCACUUGUGCACACACGUGCUCUGAGAGUUAAUAAAGCUGUGGGAGAAGAUACAUUUAUAUUCUUUCCUCGGGGAUAUAACUGUCUCCAGUGGCGUGUGCACGCGUUUUUGACCAGGGUAUGCAUAAAGAAGGAAGAGGCCAUAAAAUAGUAAAAUCCUUCGCAUAAGAGUUAUAAAAAAAAUUAAGGGUAUAUAUGCUUUUGUGCAUUUAUGAAGUGCACGCCACUGACUGUCUCCUGCCCUUGCUAGCCAUGCUGAAUUGGGAUAACCAGUUUAAGCAUUUAUAGACCUUUCUUAGUCGUUUAGUUUCGCAAUUCGGAUUUAACGAACGUCGACGAGCUCGCAGGUUUGAUGCUUUGGCUUCCUAUAUAGCCUGUAACAGUCCACUGUUAGACCCAAGGCCUCUUUCCUAACGGGAUUAUAGUAGACGGUGGUAGUAGCACAGAGGACCCCGUUCUGCGUUAUAUUCUCUUAGUCGCCUCGUACGACACCCGCGGCAAGGGGAGGGUAGGUGAGAACUUUCUUAUCUGCCGUCAUCACACGGCUUACUUCGGCUCAGCCUCGCUUUGAGUGUACGACAUCAAGAGAUUCAAACAACUUAUUACUGAUAUCUUAUUGUAUUGUAUGUAUUCUAUAACAUAGUGUAUUGUAUUGUAAUCAAACAGAUUGUCAUUUAGUGUUAACGGUGCUGUACUGUAAUUUGUGAAGCAGGGAGGUGAUAUAAAGUGUGUUCAAGUCAUAUAAUUAAAUAAUAAAGAAUUAAACAGA